GCCUUUCAAGAAUUAUAAGGUCUGUCGGUUUCUUUGUUGAAAAAUCGAACAACCCCGGAAGAGUCAUAACAGCGUAAUCCUGCCUGUUAGAGAUGGAGAGAGCAGAACUGUCAUCACACGUUCGAGCACUUUGCUCCUCUCGGGUCUCGGCGCAUAAGCAUCAGUGGAAAUAUGGAUCUCGUAAGCGCUGUUCAGUGCAAAUUUGGCAGAGCAGCGAAGGCUUGAAGGAUCGCCCCCUGCUCUGCACGGAAGACACCCUAGAGUCCACAAAUCCAUUCGGAAGCUCAUCGCCUCCUCCUCUUGCUCUGCCACGUGUCAAAUAGGGUCCGUCUCUGCUUCCAGCUCCUGGAUGAUGGAGGCAGCAGGUGUGCUGCCCAAGCUUUGCACAACGUUUGUGAAAUCGACGAACGAGGACCGCUCGAUGACUGCGUUCGAGUGUCUCUCAGUCUGCGAUGUACAGGGACGAGCAACCUGAAUUCGUGCGGUUUUCAAGGGAGUGUGCGUUGACAAGAUCUGCAGCAACUUGUAAUUUGAAAUUGAUCGUUCCUACCAUUGUACACUAGUUAAUGAGUAUGAGCCGGAUGCAGCUAUAUAGUAUGUAGCUGUCAAUUGGUUUGUAGUUAUGGCUGCACUCACGGCAGUGAACUGCAAGCUUUCCGUCCAUGACUCACUUGGACUCGGAGAAGAUUAUUACUUGGCCAGACAAAGGGCACCUUGUGUUCGAAAGAUUGACUCCUCUUGUAAGUUUGACCAGAGAAGCCAGCAUUGGUCGGCGAUGAAACUCUUGAGCGGGAAUCAGACUACGCGGUGUUGUUUACCCUGUGUUUAUUUCUCCACAGUAGUUGAUGGAUUGAAGUCAGGAGGUGAAAUAUAUUUUCGUUCUCAAAACUGGCCGAAGUACGGAUCGAAACAUGGCAAAAUUGAGGUGACCGUUAGGACGGUCGAGAGGGGUCGCACAGGAUUUCAUUGGAUACACAGGCUUCGAAUCGGUUCUUUUAAAGUAUCAGUUGGUUUCCAGCCAAGGAUCUCUCGCAAAGUUUUGAAAUGCACCGCAGCUGUAGAUGGAGAUGGAUCUUCCAAAGAUCGUUCUGUCCAUUUUAUUGGGAUUGGCGGCUCGGGUUUGUCAGCUCUUGCUUUAUUGGCUCUACAGCAGGGAUGGAAGGUUAGUGGGUCAGAUGCCACUUUCAACGAACGACUGGAGAAGCUGAAAGCAGCAGGAGCAAGAGUGUACGUUGGUCAUGCAGCAAGACAUGUGGUCGAUACACCGAAUAAUUCACCCCCAGAUGCAGUCGUUGUCUCUAGUUCUAUUCCAGUUAACAAUGUGGAGGUAGAGGCUGCUCAGGCUCUCGGCGUACCAAUAUACAAGAGGGCCGAUUGGCUUGGAAGAAUUACUGAAGGCUAUGAACUCCUUGCUGUGGCUGGUUCACAUGGAAAGAGCACCACUGCCGCCAUGCUAGCCAUUAUCUUGACAGAACUGGGACAUAACAUAACCGCCAUUGUUGGGGCUGAAGUUCCUCAGUUUCCAGGUGGUAGCAAUGCAAUUUGUGGCCGCGGGCAACGCUUUGUUCUAGAGGCCGACGAAUAUGAUGGUUGUUUCUUGGGUGUUGCACCUUCUUUAGCAGUUGUGACGAACGUUGAGUGGGAGCAUGUGGACUUCUUCCCUGAUGAGGCAUCUGUGAGAAAAAUCUUCAGGCAAUUUGCACUACGAAUAAAUCCAGGAGGUACCCUUGUGGUAUGUGGUGACACUGCUGGCUCGAAGCUUUUGAGUACUGUCUUUCAGACUGACAAGACAAAGGACAGCACCGGCGCAAUUACGACCACUGAGUCUCAAUGUGAUAGCGAUUCACGUCAUGUGGUGACAUAUGGUCUUGGAGAUGGAAAUGACUGGCAAGCCGUCAUGUUGGCGCCUAACGUUCAAAGUGGAACUGACUAUGUAGUUGUGAACUCAGGUAGACCCAUGGCGAGGGUAACUCUACAGUUACCAGGAACUCAUAAUGUUCUCAACUCACUUGCGGCUAUCGUCGUAGCGUCUUUAUUAGCUUCUCGGGACAAUUCAAGUUCCAGUAUUGAAGGCAACUUCGCUGCCAUGAAGAAAGCAGCAGAAGCAGCUAGUGAGGCUUUGUCUGGAUUCGUUGGGAUUCGGAGGAGAUUCGAGCUCGUCGGAAAGUGGAAAAAUUGCUGCAUAUACGACGACUAUGCACAUCAUCCAACGGAAGUGCGAGCUGUUCUUCAAGCAGCUCGACAAAGAUUUGAUCAGCAACCCAUAUGGGUUGUCUUUCAACCACAUACCUACAGUCGUUUGGCAAAAUUGCUACAUGACUUCGCCCCUGCAUUCAGUGCUGCCGACAGGGUUAUCAUCACUGAGGUAUACUCUGCACGAGAAGACAACAUUUGGGACAUAAGCGGUGCCGACUUGGCAGCUGUAGUUACCGGUCCGCCCUCCAUAUUUGUAUCGACAUUAGAUAAAGUUGUUGAGCGGCUAACAUGGGAGUUGGUGCUGUCUGAGGCUAUGGGAUCCAAGGGCGUGGUUCUGCUGACUCUAGGAGCAGGUGAUAUAACAGACGUAGGAUAUGAGCUUUUGAAGGCUCUCUCGACCAAGUAAUUUUUGGUUAUCGCAAAUGUCGACUACGAUAGGUAUUAGGCAUCAGUUCUAGCUGGACUUAUGCGGAGUUCAGUGGCUUUGUCAAGUUUUUUUAUUCAAAUUCAUUGCUCAACAUCCACGUUGAAAGUUUUGAUGACGAGAUUGGGCACAAAUCCAAGAGAGAAUUGUAAAUGGUCUCGCUAGCUCAGCAACACCAUUUUGCUCUGAAUUACAUGAUUAGUACUGUUAUAUAAUGCAUCUCCAUUUCUUCUAAAAGUAAUUCUUGCCACUAUUUAGAUGUG